GAUUUUUUUAUACACUUUUUUUGUGUAUAUUCAGCAUUGAAAAGUCUGUUAUAUAUUGGCAGAUUUAUUGGCUACUGAGCGCUGACAUUCAUUUUACUGUACAAUUAGUUUUGUGGAUCUGAAAGUAUUUUAUAGUUUGCAGCAUUUUCUGGAUUUUGAAAACGUACAUUUUUUCAGUACAAUUUGACAAAGAAGAUGCCUGCUAUGCCAGAUGACCAGCAAGUAGACUACUUUCAGUCUCAAAGUCAAGAAGUGUGUUAUAACUGUGGAAUUCAAGUUGCUUUGUUUCCCCAAGUAAAGCGUUGUCAUACUGAAGAUGGGGAGCCUUUGGUGGUAGACAUUGGUGUCAAGUGUAAAGGAAGCAAAGAAGACUUUAGAGAACUGGAGAAAGCUUUUUUCAGAAUAGAUCACAAUGGGACGGUCUACAUAUUCAGUGAUGACAUUCCAAACAUGCAAAGCAUAUGUAUUAGGGACCCGGUUACAACUACUGAAGAUUCAUUUGAUGACGGGGAGCAACCAGAAAAUGCGAGUGAGUUGACUGUUCACUUGGAUGAGCCAGAUUACAGUGAGAAAAAGCCAGAAGUUCCCAAAAGCAAAAAACCCAAUGAAUCACUAGAAGACAUAUGCAUCAGUGAAGAAGAUACAGUAGUUGAGCAUGAGAAAUCUUCCCUAGUGACAGCAUCCAAUAAGUUCAACUGUCCUUCUGCUCUUCGAGAGACUUCCACUUUUAAACCCUCAUACGUGGACAACAGACAUGAGAAAAAUAUUCCAUUGACCACGCAUUCACGGCAAGUGAACUCUGAGUCUCAAGGUAUGAGUCUCGAAAAUAACAAAGCCAGUGGAAGAAAGGUUCCCGGAGGUUCUUCUCAGAAUUCAAAAGGAAAAAGUUCCCAACAACAAAAACAGCAGAAGCAACAACAACAGGAGCCUACCACUGGUGGGGAUUCUAGUGAUGUUAGUGGUUCUGGAGAUGCUGGUGAUGAACGGAGAGGUGAUGAAGACGGUGGACGGAGAAGAGGUAAUGGAGAUGGAAGAAAAGACCAAUCUUCUACACAAGGAGAGGAGGAGGUAAAGGAAGAGGAAGAGGAGGAGGAGAAGAAAGACACAGAGGAAAAGGUGGAGGGGAAUGAGAAAGACACAGAGGAAAAGGUGGAGGAGGAGGACAGAGAGGAAAAGGAUGAGGACAAGGAAAAGCAACAGGAGGAUCUAUUGGUAAAUAGUCCAGCGUACAUUUCAAAGUGUCUGAAGAAAUUUAUGAAAUCUCUAAGAGAUCAAAAAAAUGGUGUAUGCAAACAGCCAACAGAAUUUACCAGACGAGGCGAAUGCUUUUGGAAGCAUUUACACCAAUGUGAGCUGGGACAAACUGCAUGCAAGAAUUGCCAUUUGACUUUGCAUGCCUUUGAAGAACUUGAGUCAAGUACGUCAUCAGAUGACUCAUCUGCUUUCCCAUUUUACGAUGAGUAUGAGCGAGCAAAUAACAAGAGUCUUCCAGAGAAGAACCUAGAGGUGGAAGCAUGUUAUGAAAAGCUUAAAAGAUUCCGUUCCAGCAGUGGCCAGGGGGCAAUACCCAAGAAAAAGUUUAAGCAAGCAGGUAGUAGCAGUGAACCUAUGGCCAUGGAAACUACCCCUUCCCCAGACGUGGACACAGUGGACACUAGAAAAUUUGUUGCUGCCAGAGGCAGACAUGUGUCCAGCCAUCACAAACCAGGUGUUAUUUAUGGCUCUAAGGAAACAUGCCAUAAAAAAGUGCUUGAUGGGAUGUGCAACGAUUAUACAACUGAUAGUGAAUUCAAUGAUGGUGUUAUCUUCAAUAGAAGAUUAAUGCCAAACUGUGGAUUUUAUAGACCUUGCAAAGAAUUUUCUAUAACGCGUUAUCUUGGCUCUGGUAGUUUUGGGAAGGUCUGUUUAUGUUUCGAUACAGGAGUGUAUUUUGUUUGCAAGAUCGUUCCCAUUAAACAUUUUGUGGUGACUGAGGUUCUCAUCUGGAUGAGGCUGGAGCACAAAUACAUCGUACCUCUGUGGGGUGUUGUUCGUCAUGGCAACGACAUCCUGAUGAUCAGUGAGUACAUUCCAUCUAGACCACUGUCUGUUAGGAUUGCUGAACUUCCUCGCUGUGAUCAUAUUAUCAUCGUAAAGUGGAUCAAGCAACUUCUGUGCGUCUUGGAAUAUAUCCACUCCAUGAACAUUGUCCACAUGGAUAUAAAACCUGCUAACAUUCUUCUGACCUACAAAGGUGAUAUUGUUCUCAUUGACUGGGGUUUGGCCAUGGAACUUAACAACAAUGGUCAGCAAAAAGUUUCAAAACCAAGAGGAACAAAGCUGUUUAUGGCACCUGAAGUCUGUCGAUGUGAAGCAUUCAAUGCUACCAUCGAUGUGUGGAGUACAAUUUGCUCGGCUAUCAACCUGUUCACUGGUAGUCCACCAUGGAUAAAACGUUUCCCACUUUCGAAAUCGUUUGUGGAUCUUGUUGGAACAAGACCCCCUCCUGUGGAAGACAUCCCAGUAACUUUACAUCCCGCUAUUAGGGGUUUUCUUAUAGUAGGUUUUGGAGAUACUGAUACAAGGCCAACUGCUUCUCAACUCCUUGGACAUCCAGUGUUUUUGGAUAAUGGGAUGGAAGAUGGUGAAAUGGACACUAAAAGAUUUCCAAUACCCCCUCCUGAUUCAUUACAAGAUCGUUAUACUUCUUGUAUUUUGGAACCUCUUCGACAAGAAGAAAAUCCACAUUCAGGAGAUGUGGGAGAUUGUGAGAUCAACCAGAUGCCACCAGCAGAAGUCCUUGAAUGUACUGGUGACAUCGACCAGGUGUCACUAGUACAACGCUACAGUUGCAGCCCUUAUGAUGGUUCACAACGGCUUGAAAAUCGUACCUUCUCCCACCCUCUUGGACAAGCACCAACUCCACCAACAAUUCCACCCCAAGAUCCUGCACUGGGACACUUCACUCAAGGUUUUUCCACAGAGUUGGAUGAUGUCAUUGACAAAUUUAGCCACCUCAAUUGCAAUGAUGAGCAGCUUGAUGAUGAGGACCUGUAUGGGCCAGGACCUGAAACAGAACCAGAGCCACAUCCAGAACUAUCUGAUAGCCCAGGAUUACCUGCUACACCAAGAUCUUCUGACAAAUCCUACAGAUGUGGAACAUCAGGAUCAACAGAAUUAGCUAUCCCAAUCGACCAUUUUCAAGCUGAACAGCUGGAGAUUGAAAAUACCACCUCUGGAAUCGGAACAGCGUCAGGAAACAUAGUAGGAAACCUUCUUACCACCCAAGGUAUAAGAGAACCUGUUCCACGUUGCAGAACAGAAUCACAAAGCAGCAGAAAUUUUUCAGGUACUUACAUUAACAUAAAAGUGUUUGAUAAACAAGUCCGUGUUGGUAAUUCUGCUACAAUGACGUAUGGGGAGCUUGCUAAAGCCAUAAGCUCUAAGGUCUUCGAAAUAUUUGAUAAAAAUGAUAAAACAUAUGCAAAGUUUAUACUACAAGGCCAAGCAGGGAAUACGUUUGAUGUGUAUGCCAAAGUAGAUCCAACUUGUGAAAUCGUGGUAGUGGAGGCAAGCCAAGACGGUGAAUGGCAGUGGUGCAUUACGCCUUAUGUCCUGGAAGAUAAAUAUUAACUGUAUGGAGAAAAUGGCAAGCGGGGAGUUGAAUACAGAUCUCUCUCUAAUUUAACACCCUUCCAAUUAAAGACCACGUUUCUGUGGUCCCAAAUUAACCGAUGUCUUUUAUCUUUAUUAUUCUAAUUAGAGACCAAAGCUGCUAAAGACCAUGGAAACCCCGGACUCAAAAGUGGUCUUUUAUUUGAGGGGGGAAACUGUAGCUUGGUAGUGAAGAUUGCCUUCCAAUCCUAGGGUCCUGGGUUCAAUUCCUGCCUCUGUAACAGGAUGUUUUCUCACAACCAAACAAGCUUCACUCCAUAAUUCUCAUAAUGAGACUUAGUUUAUGUAGAGCAUCUUGUUUCUGUGUUUGUCAUGUGAAAGGAUUGCCACUUAUUGCCAAAUUAUUGUGUUUUCCAUUAAUUAACAAUCUUUAAAUUGAAUUUUAUUAAGUCAAACAAUAUUUCAGUGGCAUUUUGGAUUCAACUUAGGCAAGUUCAACUGUGCAUUGUAUACAUUUUUCUAUAGAAAAGACAGAAUUACGUUUAUUGAUUUUUCCUGUAAAAGGUCUUUUAACACUUGGUGUUUUUAAGACCAAUAGAUCAAAAGCAAUUAGAAGAGGAGAAACAUUGAACAACAAAAAAAAAAAAACACAAGAAAGUUUUUAAACUUUAAAACUGUUAUAGUCUGUGUUUUCCUUUUGAGUGCGAAUUCCUGUACUCAAAUUACAAACUGCUAUACAGUGUAAAUUCCAUGUACUUAGAAAAAAUGAGGGAUAUGCUAAUUUAUGACUGAUGCACAGCAUAUUUGAACUAUCCUACCUGAUCAUCUCAAGUAAUAAUAUACUGCCCUCAAGCUCCUGUAGAGAGCAGCUAGCUCAGUCGGCUAACCUGGAGGUAGCCACUGUGUGUGCGCUGAACUGUGGAGAUCUCUUGUUCACCGGUUCAAUUCCCAUCACUGCUCUCCUUGUGUUUCAGCUGGAGGGCUAAAAUGCAAGUUUCAAAAGUGUGCCGUCUUUGAGACAUUUAAGUCGUAGGUCUACUACUCACAUAAAAGAAUAAAUCAUUGGUAGAGAAUAUAAAAAAAAAAAAAAGAAAACCAUUUAAUUAUUUUUAAUAUAGUUGAUUCUCUUGUAUAUUUCUUGGCUUGUCCAUCACAAAUGUUAUUUAUAGCCAUAACAACAGGUGUAAUACAAAGAAGCCUGAGGCCCUGGCUAAGGCAUCUUUGGGCUCUUCACCAUGGAAGCCUGGGGUGGCUUAGGACCUCAGUGAAGUUAGAACAUUGAUGUCCACUACACUAUCUGCUCACUAUGGGCCCAGCUCGGCUGAUUUGGUCCUGGCAAAAAAAACCAAAAAAAACUGCUGAUCCUGGGGGCCCAUAAGUUCUUUGCUUUUAUAGCCGGUGAAAGCUCUUAAGGUGACAAGCUUCUGAAAUAUUUAUACUGCAGAUUUAUUAUAUUAUGUAUUAUUCUUUAAUGAAAAACAUACGGUAUUACUUUGUUUACUUCUAUACAGUGAAAGAAAUAAACAUGUUAGUUGAACUGUGUUUAUCUGUGUUGUGAUUGUUACCUGGUAUUUUAAGCAGAUAAAGUGUGUAAAUACUGAUUUUUAUGCACAGGAAUACAAGGAUGGUAUUAUGUAGUGAAUUAAGGUGACAUGCUUCUGAUUUUCUUUAUGAAUAACAUUUUACUUUGUUAACUUCUAUACA